ACUUUUGUAACCUCAAGGAAAUAUAGCUGUCACUGAAGUCUUCCUUCGACCCGUUUGGAAAUAUCCGAAAUAAACGCGCACAACUUACAUUUUUAUUUAUUAUUUUAUUAAAAUUCAUUCAUAAUAAUUCAUAUAAGCUUCUUGUGAACUAACCGCUCCACUCGCCGGAGCUCUCUCCCACCGAAUUCAUCAACCCCUUCACAUGCUUUUCUAAUUGCGAAAUCCUACUCUACCGUCGAAUCAAAAGGAAGAAUAGAAGAAGGUUACUGCCUGCUUCGAUCGAUAGUCUGCCCAUCACAGAAUUUAGAGAAGCUGAUAUGGGAAUUGAUUACUAUGACGUUUUGAAGGUGAAGCGGAACGCAACGGAGGAGGAACUGAAAAAGGCUUAUCGGAGGUCGGCUAUGAAGUGGCAUCCUGACAAGAACCAGGUGAACAAUAAGGAAGCGGAGGCCAAGUUCAAGCUCAUCUCCGAAGCCUAUGACGUCCUUGCUGAUCCUCAAAGACGUCAGAUCUAUGAUGUCUAUGGCGCCGAAGCUCUUAAAUCAGUUGACUUCAAUUCUUCAUCAUCACCUUCUUCUUCUCCUAGCUCUUUCGGUCACGGAAUGAGAAUUAAUAGCAAUGGUGGCUCUCGGUUCCGGUUCGAUCCUCGUGAUCCGGAUGAUAUUUUUGCAGAAUUUUUUGGCGGAUCUGAUGAUGGUAAUGGACAUAGUCGGGAGCAGAAGAUUAAUAGUACUAACUCUACCAGAAAAGCACAACCGGUUGAGGAAAAGUUGCCGUGUAGCUUGGAGGAUCUCUUUAAAGGAACUAGAAAGAAAAUGACAAUUUCUAGAACUGUUAUCGAUGAUUUUGGUAAGUCAAAGACCAUUGAUGAAAUUUUAAAGAUUGACAUUAAACCUGGCUGGAAAAAGGGUACCAAAAUCACUUUCCCAGAGAAAGGUAACCAAGAACCUGGAAUCACUGCGUCAGAUCUUAUCUUCGUAAUUGAAGAGAAACCUCAUGGUAUUUUCCGGAGAGAUGGGAAUGAUCUUGUGGUUAAGCAACGAAUAUCUUUAUUAGAGGCUCUAACAGGGAAAACUCUGAAUGUAACAAGCUUGGACGGGAGGGUACUUAGUAUCUCAGUCACAGAUAUAGUUAAGCCUGGUCAUGAAGUAGUAAUUCAGAACGAGGGAAUGCCCAUUUCAAAAGAUCCCAGCAAAAGAGGUAAUCUCAGAAUCAAAUUCGAUGUGAUGUUUCCAUCGAAGCUUAAUUCUGAACAGAAAUCUGAUUUGAGAAGGGUUCUGGGUUGAGCUGAUAACUAGUCAAGACUGAAUUGGGUGUUGAUGACACUGAUUGAUAACAUUAAGAUCAGUAAACAUGUAAAUACAUAACACUUUCCCAUGUUUAAGAGAAAGUAUUGAUGUGCAUAUAGUAGGAAAAGAGUUUGAACGAGUGAAGUCAAGGGUGUUAAUUUAUGUAACGUAACUGGCAGGUCACAACUUUGGUAUCUUUUCUUUUCAGAGGAGUAGCGACUUUUUUUUUUCUUUAUCUUUUUUUAAUUUUUUUUUUUCAAUGUAGAUAUUUAAUGCAUGUUCUGUGUGGAAUAACCAUAAUCUCGUUCUUCAAUUUGGUAAAGAUCAAAUUUAUUUAGUGUAAUGACUGAUCACAGCUACAUUUGCUUUUAA